AUGUUGCCAUUCCGGGUGGGAGAGCCGGACAAGCCAGCACGAGACUUUUUCAGCAGCUCAAUGGCCUCCCCGAAGAAGAAACUUCAAGGUCUUGUUGCUGCGACCAUCACGCCAAUGACUGAGCAUGGAGAAAUCAACGUCUCAGUCAUUGGUCGGUAUGUGGAUUAUCUUGCAGAAGAACAGGGAGUGAAGAAUGUCUUUGUGAAUGGCACGACAGGAGAAGGCCUGUCCCUGAGCAUCUCAGAGCGCUGCCGGGUCGCGGAGGAGUGGGUGACAGAAGGGAGGAACAAGUUGGAUCAGAUAGUAAUUCACGUGGGAGCACUGAGCUUGAAGGAGUCACAAGAACUGGCCCAACAUGCAGCAAAAAUAGGAGCCGAUGGCAUCGCUGUCAUUGCACCUUUCUUUCUCAAGCCAUGGAACAAAGAUGUCCUGAUUAACUUCCUAAAGGAGGUGGCCGCUGCUGCCCCUGCACUGCCGUUUUACUACUAUCACAUUCCUGCCUUGACAGGGGUAAAGAUUCGUGCUGAGGAGUUGUUGGAUGGAAUUCAGGAUAAGAUCCCCACCUUCCAAGGGCUGAAAUUCAGUGACACAGAUCUCUUAGACUUCGGGCAAUGUGUUGAUCAGAAUCGCCAGCAACAGUUUGCUUUCCUUUUUGGGGUGGAUGAGCAACUGUUGAGUGCUCUGGUGAUGGGAGCAACUGGAGCAGUGGGCAGUACCUAUAACUACCUGGGAAAAAAGACAAACCAGAUGUUGGAGGCUUUUGAACGGAAGGACUUCUCCUCGGCCCUGAACCAUCAGUUUUGUAUUCAGAGAUUUAUCAACUUUGUGGCCAAACUAGGUUUUGGAGUGUCGCAGACCAAAGCCAUCAUGACUCUUGUCUCUGGGAUUCCAAUGGGCCCACCCCGGCUUCCACUACAGAAAGCCUCUAGGGAGUUUACUGAUAAUGCAGAAGCUAAACUGAAAAGCCUAGAUUUCCUUUCUUUCACUGAUUUAAAGGAUGGAAACUUGGAAGCUUGUAGCUAGCACCUCUCUAUCAAAUCAGGGUAUGUACGUUGAGAUAUAAUCCACUUUGAAUACUGCAUUCAUUUCUCAAAAACUUUUUAGAUGAGUUUGAACUAAACUUUCCUAGCAAAUGAAAUCUUGCAUCAAUCAACAAGUAUUUAAAUACCUACUAUGAUCUUUUAAAAGUUUUAAUUUAUGAAGGGGCAAAAACUCUAAAAGGAGUUAUGAGCCCUAAGUCAUUCAAUGUAUCACAGAAUUUUGGUGGAGAAGUUUUUGCAUAAAUGGAUAAUGUGGAAUCAAGAGGAAAAUUGUAAUUGAUUAAUUCCAUCUGCCUUUGGGAGCUCCCAUUAUCUUGAUUUCUGGUUGUUAAUCCUAUUUUAAAGUUUUCUAAGUUUAAACCACCAUAAUGUGCUUUCAUUUUAAUAAAUAUUCAUUUGGAAUCUAGGACAACUCUGAGCUAUUGCAUUUAGGCAGACAUACUAACUUUAAUGCCAAAUUACAGUGAGACUCAACUAUGCACAACUGUUAACAAACCAGUUCACUUGGCUGCUCAGUCUAACUCUAGAAUAUCUGCUUUCAGAUUAAUU